CUAAUUUUAAAUUCACAGACUGGUGUUUUAACCCAUUGCAUUUCCCUUGAAAUACGGUACACAAGUGAUUUUAUCAUUAGAACUGACAACAAUGAUGUGUUUAGCGGAAGAGAUGGCAACUAGGCCGACGGCACCAACACAAUUUAAUAAGAAAAAUGCAGCAAUGUCUGAGUCUCCUUUUAGGCCUGUGAUAUUAUGAUCAUUAUUUUUUUAAUGACGAAUGUUAUGCUCAAAAAUAGUCUACGGUACUUAUGGACACAUGACAAGGAUUCACAGAUCCAACUGUUAAGAUUGUUCUUGAAGGGUCAACUCAGAGAGCACGCAGCCUAAGGACAGUUGGCGGCUCCCUACUGAAAUAUACUAAUUAAGAGGUUAGUAACUAAAGUAUCAAUCAUGAUCAAGCCUAUGUUCAUCUUCUUCCACAAGCUUUCUCUAGCUCUCCAGACAGCUCCACACUAGUUUUUUUGGUCAUGAAUCAAUAUCUUAAGUUGAGCAUUGGAGUAUCAAUUUGGAGGCCAAUUUUGGUCUCUGGCUAAACUUUAAUGCCUUUCCUAUUUUGCUGAUUCCUCAUAAUAAACUUAUCUGCCAUCGACAAAUUUCUCAGCGGAAUUUAGUUACCACUUUCAAGUGACAACAAGAAAUAAAAGUUGAUUUUAUUA